CACCCCCUCCCCUCCUCCCCUGCUCCCGCGAUGCCUUGGACACCCACUCCCUGACCAGCCGCUCGGAUCACCCCAACCAUGACUCUCCUGUCGUCCGAACCGUCCUCGAUGGUCCACAGUACCUUCCAAACGACUGGAUCAGCGGGGUAUGUGACCUCUUCCCAGAUGUGUCAGGAUUUGGGGAAGGCCAGCCCAUCUCACCCGGACUCUCUCCACUCCACAGUCCUCCAGCUGAGACUGCAGAACCGUCUGGGGAAGGAACAGCUCUCUGCACAGGGCACGAUGCCACCACAGAACGGGUUACCCUCCUUUGUCGAGCAGAGGAGGCCACUCGAACGAGGAAAGAAUCAGGACUCUCUCCAGCUCAAGAGACACAGCCCCCCCCUGCACCCGGACCUUGUGCAGACAGACAUCCCAGAAGGUGUUGUCCCAGAUACAGCCAACGCAAAGCGGAAGAAGACAUGCCUGGCUGAUGACCUUGGCGAUGCAGUUCUCAGAGCCCCAGAGCUGGGGGAACAGAAGAGCCUUCCCCGCUGCCCAGCAGAGGGACAGGGCCUCACAGCCAGCAAGUGGCAAAUUGCAGACAGCGAGGAUCGGUCAGCCAGAAUGGAGGACAGGGGUGUGAGACCAGUGUUGCCACAACAGCCGGAACACUUCCAAAGCCAGGAAACGGAGUCGUCACCUCGGCAACUGAGUGACCAAAUCACCAGCAGCUCUGGGCAGUCACCGCAGGGUUCACCACGAGGGACAGUGUUGGGUUUGGAGCUCGCAGAAGUUACGCCCCAGGGUGGAGCAGUGUGCGAGGUGUCAGCUGGGCAGGGGCAGGAUACAAGCCUGACCGCCCCCACCACACAGAUUCCAGCCGUUACCACGGCCCCCCACAGCGGGCCGGAUACCUACCGCCCCCAGCGGCCAAAGAAAGCAAAGGAUGGCAAGCCGAAGGUGCGGAAGCUGAAGUACCAUCAGUACGUGCCGCCAGACCAGAAGGCGUGCGAGGGUCCAGUGGCAAUGGACACUGCGUACUUGCGCCUCCUCCGUCAGCAACAACUCUACCUGCAGCUGCAGAUACUCAGCCAGCAGCAGACACCGGCCAACCAAGCCGCGGGCCUGGUUCCCGAUGGCAUUGUGGGUUUUGCCAGAGCUCUCCCCCCUCAGCUGCCUUUUGUCCCCCUGACAGCAGUGCCCAAGAGCCCGACAGCCAUCCCGGUACCCUGCUGUCCCCGGCCUGAACUCCUACCUGCCAACCUGGACGACCUGACGGUGUCCGAGCUACGGCAGCAGCUGAGGAAACGUGGCCUGCCUGUCUCUGGCACGAAACCUGCCCUGCUUGAACGUCUGAAGCCCUACCAGCUUUCGGGGCCCAAGAUGGCACCCCCGCCCUUGGUGUCCCGGCCACGAUCGCCUCCGUCCACGGUCCGGCCCGCCCUUCUUGAGAAACAGAAGGUGAUCGAGAGGCUAACGUGGAAACUGAGGCAGGAGCAGCCACCAACACUGGCUCCCCACCCACCCAUCUCAGCCUCACCCUUUCCUGGCCCGGCGUUGAUGGAAGGACAGACGGAGAGUCUCCCUUCCCCCAGAAACAACUUUCUUCUCCCCUCCAUCACUGAUGCCGGUCUCUUAUCUCCCCAGCCACAGCCACAGGAAGGAAGCCCACUACAGCCGCAGGACAGCAGCCUAUGUCCUCCCUCAGAGAUGCAGAAAGCCUGUCCGGAUUUCCCCCUCUCUCCAGCCAGUCUGCACUCAUUCUUCCCCAUGGAAGAGCUGGAUUUCGAGUCUGAGUUCCAGGGGAACUUUGAUCGAGAGGCCUUCCUGUCGUCCGACAGCAGAGAAUCUGGCUGCCUGGGAGACCCGAAGAGCACGGAGACGGGGAAAUUCCAGACUCUGGAGGAGGAACUGACACAGGCUAUCCGGAGCGCAGAGCUCUCCCAAAGCCCGUCCAUCGAGGAGAUUCUUAACGAGCCACUCAGCACUACCGGUCCCUGUGCAAGGCUGGGGCCCGACCCCCCUCUCUCUCCUGGAGCAACCAGGCUCACUCCCAUCAUUACUGAGGACGAGGGGUCAUCUGUCCUGCUCUCACCACCGUCCCUGGAUCUCCUCCCUGAACUGUCCCACUGUCGACCCUUCGAGCCCCUCUCCCCUCCAUCUUCUCCUGGGCCCUGUCCCCCGACGGCCAGCCCACCCCACUCCCCCCUUGCCCUCGAUCCGGCUGACUGGGUGGAUGCCUCACCCAGCACCACUUGCCCAUCUUUGGCUAGUGUUUUCUGCGCCGAUAUGCUCGAGCCCCCCGAGCUCGGCAUUAACCGGAUGGUGGACUUACUGGUGGACCAGUGGUGAGAGAAGCGAGGGGAAGAACGAGUGAGGGACCACCUCCCCUCCCUCCCUCCACUCCUCAAAGGACAUGGGGAGAAGGGACCCCAGGGGACAGAGAUCACAACCAUCUGCUGCCCCUCCCUUCUGCAUCUUGAGGAACCGGGAACAGGCUGAGGUUGAAAGAUAGGAAUGGUGGUGGGAAGAGUGUGUGAGAGCGAGAGAGACCUAUGAACACACUCUCCUUCCUCCCCUCCCUUUCUCCCUCCCUCUACUCUGCAGGAGGCAAGGGUAACAGAGUGCAGUGGAGAGGAAACGCUGUCCCUUCCCCUCAAGGAAUGAAGAAGAGAGAUAGAGAGAAAAAAAGCACUCUCUCCUUUCCUCCCUCCUCUCCUCGAGGGUAAGCAGGACCUCAGGGUGAGUGGGAGCAGCACUCUCCGCCUCUCCCUACCCCAGAACCCAAUCCACAACACGUCUGAAGUUCAUGGGCAGGUUCAGAUGCAAAUCCUGGAACUGCACCCUCACCCAUCCGCUCACACACGCACGUUGCCAUCGUGUCUCCUUCGUCACGAGCACCCUCCCCGGUCUUCCCCAGCACACUCCUGGGGAAACAGAGCGAGGAGGGGAGGGGGAACUUUUCACCUCAGGCAGAUGGGAUUGGGAGGGACAGAAUCCGGACUGACGCACGUUCGCAUCCAGAUCCCCCCCAUCCCAAUAACCACCCCACAAGUCCUGUCCCUCAAGUCCCCAACUUUCCGAGGGCCCCCGGCCUCUUUUGCCUCCAGCUCCCCACCUCCCUUCUUUGCCCCCACCCCCCAACUCGUGGUCAACACUUGGGUGAACCUCAAUAAAGUAUGGAUGUAAU